AAACGAGAGGUUUGUGACGUCAUUUAAGGAACGUAUGAAUGCGCUGCAUACAAAACAACAUAGUGUGAAAUAACAAUUCUUUAUAUAUUGCUUUGAAAUUAAUAUAAAAAUUGUACGAAACAUGUCCACAUCUGAUUCUGAGUCAAGUACAGCAAAAACAGUGGAAAAUAUUGAAUUGAACAGUCGGGAAUUCGAUUUAGAAGACGAAGAUCAGUCGUCAUCAAAUGCGCUCCGAAACACCGAUGGCGAUUUUGAGUAUGGCCAAGCUGAAGCGUAUGAAAACGAACCACUUGCAGAUGAAGAGUGGUUAGAAAAGUAUAUUAGAGAAACAGAAGAAGAAAGACGCCAAACAGAAGAGCUCGAACGCAGAAUGCAAAAUGAAGUUCCUCUUGAUUCUUGGUGCCAUUGUGGUAACUGCCGUGUUCCUCUUUUGGAAGGCAGCCAAAAUGCAUAA